CCCGGCCCCCGAGAGGGGUGGGGCUUUAGGGGGUGGCGGGUCCCUGCUCAGUAGUCGCCUGGCAGACCAUCCGCCCAGGGGUAGAAGCCCCUGCACCCCGGGCUAAGAUGCUGCUGAGCUUCCCGAGACGCCGCAGGGACCAGUUUAAACACAUCAUCCAUGGCCUUCUCCCUGCAGCCAGCAUUGCCCCGAAGCCAGCAGUGCCCCGAACACCUCCUCCCCGCAGCCCCAGCCCCUCUCCAGAGAGACCAAGAUCUGCUUUGGCAGCAGCCAUUCUAACAACAACAUUGACCGGCCAGACCGUUGCCAUUCCUCAGCCUCACCGGAGGUCUCGGUCUGAGAGUGACGCAACCAACACUGACAAAGACAGCUUCAUUGAACCCUAUGCCACCGCCUCAGCAGUGAGGCCUCGACUUGAUUGGCAGAUCGGCCUCCGAAAGACUUCUUCACCAACCUUUGAAAUGCUGAACUAUGGGGAGGAAGAGGACUCUGACAGGUCCUCAUCAUCCAGCCACAGCCACAUGGAGUCGGAGGCCAUCGCUUGCAAAGAAGAGGGAGCUCUGUGUGGUGCUGUGUAUGCCGCUUCACGCAGAAAUCAGAAGUUACCUUCAUCUCAUGGGGUGGACAGUGAAGAUGAGGAAAACAUUUCCAAACAAGAUGGGUUUCCAGAAUCGCCACGUAAGUCCCAAAAUACACAAGAAAAAGAUGGUAAAGGUUUUCUGAAUGUAAAGGAUGAAAAAUCGUUUUGUGAUAAGCCUCCACCUUCCCCAGAUCUAAUGGGUAGGACACGUCAACGAUUUAUACAAACAGCCAGAGAAAAGUUCCAGAAGCUAAUGGAAGAAAAUGAGAGUCUAAGCACUGCGAAUCGAAACCUUACCCUUGAGCUUAAUUUAAUAAAACAAGCAAUGAAAGAGCAAAAAUUAAAACUUAAGAAAAUGAGAAAUGAAAAUGGAAUCUUGAAAGAGGCCAAGAAAGCUUCCUCUCAGGAAGCUUCUGCACCUGAAUUACUUCAUCUUAGAAAACAAGCUCAAGAAUUGGUGGGUGAAAAUGAUGAGCUGAAAAUAACUGUCCAUCGUUUGAAUGUUGAACUGAGUAGAUAUCAAACAAAAUUCAGGCAUUUAUCCCAGAAAGAGAGUGUAACUAUUGAAGGCCUCCCAUCAAAAGGGCCUACACCACCCUGGUUGCUGAAUAUGAAGUACCUGUCACCUUUAUUGCUGGCUUAUGAAGACAAAAUGAAAGAGAAAGAUGAGGUCAAUGCCACCCUUCAGGAGGAGAUGAGAUCGUUUAGGAUCCGAGUCCAAGAAGUGGUGAAAGAAAAUGAAGAAUUGCACCAAGAGUUGAAUAAGAACAGACCUGUCACCAGUGAGGAAUGGCAUCAGCUCCAGACUCAAGCAGAACUGGUGUUAGAGGAAAACAAGCUGUUGAUAGAGCAGUUGGAGAUUCAGCAAAAAAAAGCCAAGCAAGCCCAGCAGCGGCGGCUACAGGAAGUUUCUAAACUGACUAAACAGCUAAUGCUUCUGGAGACAAAAACUCAGAGCCAAGAAAAGGAGCUGAGUGAGAAGAAGGAGCAGCUGGAGACUUUACAGACCCAGUGCCAGGAACUGAAGACACAGUUAGAUGGCAAAAUCGCACUGAACGUUCACACUUCAAUUGUAAAUGAAUUAAAGAGCCACUUACUGAAGGAGGAAGAGAAAGGCAAUGCCGACAUGGAAGGACUGCUGGAGAAGUUGGCAGUCGCGCAAAUGCAGAAAAAGAGCCUCCUGUUAGAGAAGAACAAUCUGGCAGCUACAAACAAAGCCCUGGAGGAAGAACUUGAGAAGACACAGAAAAUCAACAGGAGAUUUCAAAAGAAAAUUGAUGUCCUCAAAAAGCAGGUAGAAAAAGCCAUGAAGAAUGAAAUGUCUGCUCACCAGUACCUGGCAAGUCUUGUUGGCCUGGCAGAGAAUAUAACCCAGGAACGGGACAAUCUUAUAUGUCUGACUAAAUUCUUAGAAAAUGAAAAACAUGGAGUCCUGAACAAAAUCUUGGAAGGCAAUAUUCGCCUGGGAAGAUUAGAGGAAGAAAUCAAGGGGUACAAGAAGCAGGAAGCCCUGAAGAUGACUGAAGUCAGCCACCGUCUGAUGGAACAGCAGGAGGACUUUAUUGGCAAGACAGCGCAGUACCAGCAGGAGAUGCGGUACCUGCGGCAGAUACUACAGGACAAGCAGGAGGUCCUGGACCAGGUGCUGAGGCAGAAAAGGGAAGUGGAAGGAGAGCUCAAGGCUGUGUGGGAAGCCACCUCUAGGGAAAACAAGGAGAUUCAAACACUUCUCCAGGCCAGAGCGGAGAGGACAGGCCCGCAGGACAUUGGCCCAACCUUGGAAGACCGAAGCCUGCCUCAGGAGGACAGACAGGAUGGCUGUGACUUCAGCUACUGUGACAUGAAACCACCACCCACUUGCCAGAGCCUUCGGGAGCCCCUGGCCUGUUAGUGCUCUGCCUCCUAGGGACAGAGCACCCUCCCCCCCCAGCCCCCUACACACACAGGGAAAGGGAGGAAUAAACUGCCUCAGACCCCUCAUCCACAUUGUUAGUUUGCCUUAAUGCAGUGAUGGGCUGCUGACCUCUUCCAGUUUACAAGAACCUUUGCUCAGAUUAACAGUGUCUGUUGGCAGGGGGGGGGGAAAAAGCCAGUGCCUUCCUCUCCCCCUCGCUCAUUUCUGUCCUCCCAGGAAGGUAGUUGUUCUAGAGCCCCAAGGGGUGGGGGUCCCUGUCCCACUGCCCCCCACUGAGGAGGUGGCCAGGGGCUAGGGCUCUGCUCCACUCUGCUUCCCGCCUGACUUGUGAUAAUAAGGGAUAUAGGGCUGUUUGUGCCUGGCAUUCUGGAGCCAGAAACCAGUCUAUGGAGGACCCUGACCAGUGAACUGGAAGGAUGUUAUCUCCUGGGAGCACUUUCUAACAAAGCCCCACAGAUCUAAGGCUUGUUUCCUGGGUAUGCAAAGAAGCCCUGGCAUUGGUCCUGGGUUGUGUGUGACUGUUAGACACAUGUGCUCUUUGGCUGCUGACUGGGAAGUUGUGAGAAAACAGCACAGUUCUUCCCUAUUUUUUUAAAAGACCUAUUUAUUAAAAAAGAAGAAGAAGAAGAAGAAGAGAGAA